AGGAGUCAGAGACACGCGUGCACGUCUGCCCUAUUAUUAACCGCCCCUCCCUCGAACCUCCACUCCGACCGAGUCCCCCUACAACAAACUCCCACCACCGCACCGAAAAAUCCACCGUCCCCCGUCUUCUCCGUCCAACCCUUCUUCUCUCAAACAACUCUUUCCUCUCCCACCGGACCUGCCUUCGGAGCAUCCCAAUCCUGCUCGGACCGGCAUCGCCAUCAUCACCGUCUUCCCGUCAUCUCCUGGUUGCCGUCUGUUCCCGCUGCCAUCAUCAACCCGUUCGUCCCAUCACCCUCUCUGCCUGCACCUCUCUCUCGUCGCCAUGUCGGCGCCUUUCGUACGCGGCACGUCGCUCAGGGCCGGCGGUGCCUGUGUGCGCUGUCGCAAGGGCAAGACCAAAUGCGUGUACGAGAAUGGCCGCGCGCCGUGCAGGAACUGCGCGAAGGGGAUGCACGAGUGCUAUCUGCCCUCCGAGUCGAUGGCUCACGUCCACGGCCAAUCUCCCGCGAGGCCCGCCCGUCCUCGCGAGAGUCUUCCUGGCGAGCGCAGCGUGUCGGCGACAAGCGACCGCCAGCCUGUCGCGUCCAGCACCGUCUUACCGCGCAACCUGCAAUCUAGUACGGAUAAGCUCAGUCCGGAAUUGAUGACGGAAUGCGAGAGGGUAAUCAACAAGACGCUCCCGUCCUGUGUUGCCUUCCACAAGCCUUCGUUUUUGCAGAAGCUCAAGAACGGCACCCUCGAGGGCAGCAUCGUCAACGGCCUGCUGACUUGCGCCGCUCGGAGCUCGCCCGCUUUGAUUCGUCGGUAUGGCGGCCAGGGAGGCGCUUCGGCUGCCUCGGAGCAUUUUGCCGUCAAGGCCAUCAACGUAAUUAUGCAAAAUCUCGACAACCCCAGCUUGGCGGAUAUUCAGGCUCUUUGUCUCCUCAUCAUCCACGAAUGGGGCAACCGCAAUGCCGUGCGCGCCUACGUCUACCUCGGCCAGGCCUCCCGCAUGGCCCAGAUGUAUCGAAUAAUUGCCGUCCACCAGAACCGCGGCGACCCGGACCAGUUCAUUAAGGAUGAAUCGUUUCGUCGUACGCUGUGGCUCAUCUACGUUCUCGACUGCUUCCUCACCAGCAGCCCCGGGCGCCAGCCGGCGGUCUCGCACCACGACAUCAAGGAUGUCCCUCUUCCGUGCCCCGACAUGAGCUACAACUUCGGCACGCCUGCCUACGUGCGCACCCUGGCCGGCGGCCCGCCCCCCAGCCUCCCGGAUUCGUCGACUCCUUUGGCCGAAGUGGGCGAAUUCGGCCACAUCGUCAUGGCGACUCAGGCCUGGCGCAAUGUCAUCGAGAUGCUGACCACGGUCACGAGCACCUCCUUCUCCGAGGAGGAUUGCGUUACCCUCGAGGCGGGUAUCGAGGUCGUCCGGAACUCCCUGCCGAUGCACUUCAUGGACAAGCCCGGGCACGUGACCUUGCACAUCACCAUGGGCAGCGGGUACACGUAUGCUCUGCUGCACUGCCUCCUCCACUGCGCCACCAUCAUGGUGAACCGCCGCAGGCUGCUCCAUCUCGUCACCACCGACGGCUUCAACCACGAGACCUGGCGCAUGGUCCCGCACGUCCAUCUCCAGACCGUAGAUCGCGUCUUCGCGGCGGCCCACAGCGUGGUGUCGCUUCUGCUGGCCCUCGAGGCGAACACGGAAAAGGACGCCGUCCUGAACUUCCCCCUCGUCAUGCUGUUCUCGUGCUUCACGGCUUGCUCCACCGUGGCCUGGUUCAGCCUGAAAGGCCUCACUCCCGGCGACGUGAACGAGACGGCCGAGUCCAUCGUCCGCGACGGUAUGCGCUUCCUGCAGGACGGCGCUAACAUCUGGAUCCUGGCAGUUCCCUGGUACCGCCACCUCUCUGUGAUGAACAAGGUCCUGCGUAACGGUGACCGGUCGCUGCAGCGGGUCGUGCCCGAGACGGCAGCGUCGACCAAAGAUGAGACCGCCAGCCAACCGGAUAAUCCCGACAGCAUGGACUACGAACGGCCCGAGUCGGCGCACGCGCAGGAGCAAGUCGACAGCCGUAGCAGUGAGCCGCCGCGGAAGUCGGGUUUCACAACCAUCAACGGGGGUUCGGCGGGUGCGUCGACGCCGGCGACCGCAAGCCCGCCUCCGGGCCAGGCGAAGGCGGAGUCUCCAGCGCCCUCCUCUACUGGGCAGCCGGCCGAGGUGGCACCAGCCGCAUCGGGUAGCGAUAUGACCGCUGCCGAACUCUGCGUUGCCUUUGAGCGCCAGCUGCUGGAAUUGGAUGAUCUCGCAGCCUUCAUGGGAGGCGGCGUCUGAUGGCGCUCUUGGCUAGACGCCUUCUUAGCUCGCGCCUCCUCAGGCCUGUAACUGGGUGCUUUGGGCUUGCCGGCGGUUCCCGGUACCAUUUUCAAGUCAUCGGGCGACGCUUUCUACAGUACUGUAUGCUAAUAGGAAAACCCCAUGGGCUGGCGUUGGGUGGCGUUUUCGGUCUGCUCUCACGCGAGCCUGGUCUCUUUUCCCUCCCUCUCGGUGGUAUCAUGGUCCACACUCCCGCCGUCAUCCGUAGUUUUGAACUUGUCUCAUACUACGCAGCGAA